AUGUCACUACUUUUUCUUCAGCUGUUAAUGUUCUCACAUCUUGGAGCCACAGAGACAGAGGGAGAUCUACAGCAAAAGAAAAGUAUAAGGUCAUUUCAACAUCUUUUCUACCCAGGCAAAAAUCUGCUUGCAAGUGAGGGUUUUCGUCAGCUGGUGGGGAAAAAUCCAAUAAAUGUUGAAGAAACUCUAGGAGAAACAAGCUUAUUUGUAGCAAUUCCACAGACAGCAACCGAGAGUGUAAAGCAAGGACAAAAAAAAACUUCCAGAUUCACCCUUCCCUAUGCAGAGCUUUAUGCAGACCGAGAUCUGGGAACCCGGACAGCACCCAGAGAGACCUCUCCUGUGGAAAGUGUCUCUCCAUCCCACUCUUCUAGCAAGAGAGAAGCUGAACCUCUGUAUAGAAAAGAUGCCAAGAAAUUCUGGGACCACUUCAAGCUGAAGAAAAAUUCAGCAUCUGAAGAGGUUGUCCUGCCAAUCAAGACCAAUGAAAUGCACCAAGAAACCUGCAGAACCCUGCCUUUUUCCCAGGGUGUUGGUCAUGAGAGCUGUGAGAAGGUGAUGGUGCAGAACAAUCUUUGUUUUGGAAAGUGUAGUUCCUUCCAUGUUCCUGGUCCAGAUGAUCGUCUUUAUACCUUUUGUUCACACUGUUUGCCCACCAAGUUCUCCAUGAAGCGCUUGGAGCUCAACUGCACCAGUUCUGUCCCAGUGGUCAAAGAAGUCAUGAUUGUAGAAGAAUGUAAAUGUGAGAUUCAGAAGAUUAAAGAUCCUGCAAUAAGAUCACUACAGUCAGACUUGCAUGCAAAUGUGUAA